UGUUUCCUUUUUUUUUUCUUUAUUGUUCUGUUUCUCCUUCCUGGCCUUCGGUUUUCCUCCGUUGGCUUCGUCGGAGAAACGGAAACAACAAACAUUUUCAAUUGAUACUCCUCCAUUUUUUCCGACGACAACUCACGCAUCGAUCUUCGUCUUCUUAUUUGAUCCAAAAAAUCUCUCUCCAUUUUAUUUUGUUAUUUUUUGGUUUUUUGGGUUAGCUUCAGAUUUUCUACAACAAUGGCGGACGAGAAGAAUAGCACGUUGGUUUACCUCCAUGGAGAUCUGGAGCUUAGAAUCAUUGAGGCUCGUCGCUUGCCAAACAUGGACCUCCUCUCCGAACGGAUCCGUCGCAUUUUCACGGCGUUCGACGCUUGCCGGAAACCCUGCUCCUCCACGAAAAACAGCCGGAUACGGAAGCACAACAAAAACAUAAUAACCAGCGAUCCCUACGUCACCGUCUGCCUCGCCGGAGCAACGGUGGCGCGUACACGUGUGAUCUCGAAUUCUCAGUCCCCUGUUUGGAACGAGAAUUUCAAAAUCCCCCUUGCGCACCCGGUUUCGCAGAUUGAGUUCUGCGUCAAGGACAACGACGUCUUCGGCGCUGAUUUGAUCGGAGUCGCAUCCGUAUCCGCCGUGAAGAUUAGAUCCGGCGAUUUGAUCAGCGACUGGUUUCCGAUCAUCGGGACCUUCGGGAACCCGCCGAAGCCGGACUCGGCGGUUCGUCUGGAGAUGCGGUUCGUGCCAUGCGAGAGCAAUGCCCUCUACACACGCGGGGUCACGUCUUUGGGAGUGGCGAAUUGCUAUUUCCCGGAGAGGCCAGGGGGUCAGGUGACUCUGUACCAGGACGCGCACGUGCCUGAGGAGAUGCCGGAGAUCGAGCUUGAAGACGGUGUCCUUUACCAGCACGAGAGAUGCUGGGAAGAUAUUUGCCACGCAAUUUUGGAGGCUCACCAUCUGGUUUACGUCGUAGGUUGGUCGAUUUUUCACCAGGUGAAGCUGGUUCGUGAGCCGACGCGGCCGCUUCCGAGCGGUGGGAAUUUGAGCCUCGGUGAUCUGUUGAAGUAUAAAUCGCAGGAAGGUGUGAGGGUAUUGUUAUUGGUGUGGGAUGAUAAGACCUCUCACAGCAAGUUCUUCAUCAACACGGCCGGAGUGAUGCAAACACAUGAUGAAGAAACCCGAAAGUUCUUCAAGCAUUCUUCGGUUACAUGUGUGCUGUCGCCGCGCUAUGCCAGUAGUAAGCUUAGCAUUUUCAAGCAGCAGGUUGUGGGAACCCUUUUCACGCAUCACCAGAAAUGCGUGCUUGUAGACACGCAGGCAUCGGGAAACAACAGAAAGAUCACUGCUUUUAUUGGAGGUCUUGAUCUCUGCGAUGGCCGCUAUGACACCCCUGAACACAGGCUCUUUAAGGGCCUCGACACCGUAUUUCAGGACGAUUAUCACAACCCUACAUUCUCGGCAGGAACCAGAGCCCCUAGACAACCAUGGCAUGAUCUUCACUGCAAGGUCGAAGGCCCUGCAGCUUAUGAUAUCCUCACAAACUUCGAGCAGCGUUGGAGAAAAGCCACAAGAUGGUCAGAGAUUGGAAUGAAAUUCAAGAGGGUGACUCGCUGGCAUGACGAUGCUUUGAUCAAACUCGAACGCAUCUCGUGGAUUCUCAGUCCUUCCGCAUCAACCCCAGUCGACGAUCCCUCCUUAUGGGUCUCAAAUGAGAGAGAGCCACACAACUGGCAUGUUCAGGUCUUCCGUUCUAUAGAUUCAGGAUCCGUGAAAGGAUUUCCAAAAGAUGUUUUUAAAGCCGAGGAGCAGAAUCUCAUCUGCGCGAAGAAUUUGGUGAUCGAUAAAAGUAUUCAAACAGCAUAUAUCCAAGCAAUUAGGUCUGCCCAACACUUCAUAUAUAUCGAGAAUCAGUACUUCCUCGGGUCAUCAUACGCAUGGCCUAAUUACAAAGAAGCAGGUGCUGAUAAUCUGAUUCCCAUGGAACUGGCACUGAAGAUUGCGAGUAAGAUACGAGCGAAAGAGAGGUUUGCGGUUUAUAUCGUGAUCCCAAUGUGGCCCGAAGGAGUCCCUUCUUCGGCCUCUGUCCAAGAAAUUCUCUACUGGCAGGGACAAACAAUGCAAAUGAUGUACGAGAUCAUAGCACGGGAAAUACGAGCGAUGCACGUCGAAAAUUUUCACCCACAAGACUAUCUAAACUUCUAUUGUCUAGGAAACAGAGAGCAGCGAGUAGGAGAUGCAAAACCCACCUCAAACAGCGGCGAGAUGGUUUCAGCUUCUCAAAAGUCACAGAGGUUUAUGAUAUACGUGCAUGCAAAGGGAAUGGUGGUAGACGAUGAGUACGUCCUCUUAGGCUCGGCUAAUAUCAACCAGAGAUCAUUGGCAGGUUCUCGGGACACAGAGAUCGCCAUGGGAGCAUAUCAACCUCUCCAGACGUGGAAUCACAGAAAACAACACCCUCGUGGCCAGGUAUACGGGUAUCGAAUGUCGUUGUGGGCGGAGCAUAUGGGAGCAGUGGACGAUGCAUUCAAGGAGCCAGAGACAAUAGAUUGCGUGACCAAAGUGAACAAAAUAGCCGAAGAUAACUGGAACAAAUACACAGCUGAGAACUUCACACCGUUGCAAGGUCACCUCCUCAAAUACCCUCUCUCCGUCGACAUCUCCGGCAAAGUUACCCCGUUGCCGGGUUUCGAUACCUUUCCUGACGUCGGAGGUAAGAUUCUCGGUGCCCGAACUACCCUCCCCGACGCUCUCACAACAUAAAACAGGUAAAACUACAAUGCUGACUAACACCAACCGAGAAAUUGUGUUUAUUGUCCACUCCGAGGAGAAUUCCGAUGCUUCAAUCUGUUGUUUCGUGUAUUUUUUGUGUUCUUGCUUCGAAAUAUAUUGUAAUAUUUUUUGGAUGGUUAUUACAAAGUAAUGACGAAAAUGCGUACCCGAAGAUUUUGAGAA